AUGCAUAAGGAGACUAUUGCUUCGGGUAAAAAGAUCACAACUUACAUUUAUGCUAGGACGGGUCUUAUAACUUUGUUGCAUCAUUAUACUGCAGGAGGUGAGUUGAUAAGACCUGGUGUGACUCGCUUUGCAACAUCAUAUUUGUGUUUGGGUUGCUUGAAUGAUAAGAAGGGAGAAUUGUAUAGGAUGUUCACUUCUAAGGAAUGGAAGGAUAGUAAAUUUGCCAAGACAAAAGAUGGGAACUUGGUUGAAAAUAUAGUCACAAAUAGGGACUUUUGGAAGAAUUUGGUUAUUUGCCUUAAGGGUGCUUUUCCAUUACUUAAAGUCUUGCGUAUGGUGGAUUCUGAUGAGAAGCCAGCCAUGGGCUAUAUCUAUGAAGCAAUGGAUCAAGCAAAAGAGCAAAUUCAAACUAGCUACAAUAAUAAGAGAAAAAGCUACCAACCUUUAUGGCAGAUUAUAGAUAAUAGAUGGGACAAACAACUGCAUAGGCCUUUGCAUGCUGCGGGCUACUAUCUUAAUCCAAUGUUGCAUUACAAACCUAAUUUCAAAGCAGAUAAUGAAGUUAAACAAGGGAUGUAUGCAUGUUUAAAAAGGAUGAUGGGAGGAGACAUGGAUAUGGUGAAUAAAAUUGAUGGUCAGCUUGAGGAUUUUAAGAGUAAAAAAGGGUUCUUUGGGAGUGAAAUAGCUCAACGUGGACUAGAAAACAAGACACCAACUCAAUGGUGGGAAUCUUACGGUGAUGCACACCCAGAGUUGCAAAACUUUGCUAUUUGUGUGUUAAGUUUGACCUGCAGCUCUUUUGGUUGUGAGAGAAACUGGAGUGCUUUUGAGAUGGUUCAUACGAAAAAAAGAAACCGGUUGAAACAAAAGACUAUGAACGAUCUUGUGUAUGUGAUGGUAAAUACAAGAUUGACCAAGAAUAAGGCUGAAAGGAAAAAGCGUGAUCUAACAAUCGAUGAUUUCCAAGAUGAUGAUGAUUGGUGGUGUGUUGCUGAGGAAGAAAAUGCAGGUGGUAAUCAUGUAAAUGUGGCUGAUUUAGAUGAAGAUUUGAUGCAAAGUACUGGUGUUAAAUCAACUACACAUGUAGAUGAAUUUGAUGUCCUUGAAACUAUAGAAAGUGACAAUGAAGAAGAAAAUGCAGACGAAGGUGAUGGAGAAGAUGAUGAUGAUGAUGGUGGAGGAGAUGAUGAGAUUAGUGAAGAUGAAGAAGAUGACAUUAUGGGGGAUAAUCCAAAUUAUCGGCGUAUUUAUGAUUUGUACUAG